UUUAGCUCAGUUUUGUUUCACCGGUGUUUUUUAUGCGCAUAUUAUUUUAUGCGUUGGGAAAUGUUCAUUUCGCCGAAAUCCUUCAAAAGAAGUUCAAGUAUUGAUCCAUUUAAAUGUCAUCUAUUUACGUUUAUUCUGCAACUUAUACAGUGCAAUUUGCCUUCCUGAGGUAAUAUGAUGGUUAACAAGUGGAAGUUUAACGAUGUCAGAUCUUAAAAGAAAAGAGGCCGAGACUUAUGAAAACAAGUCCCACUACCAGCAGCAACAGCGGGAAGUCGAACAAAAAAAAGCAGGAAUCCUGGAUUGUGUGAGCGGCAACAAAGAGGCAAAGAUGCAGUUCCUCUCAUCUGAGGCUGCCUCAGAGCAGUCGGCAGAGGAUGUCAUCCAGCGUCUCUGUACCGACCCACAGACGGGCCUCGAUAGCAUCGAGGCGGACAGACGACUCAGGGUGCACGGUCACAAUGACUUUGAGAUCACCAAGGAGGAACCACUCUGGAAGAAAUAUCUCGAUCAGUUUAAGGAUCCAUUGAUUAUGUUGCUAUUGGCCUCAGCUGUGGUUUCAAUCGUCAUGGGUCAGUACGAUGAUGCAAUCAGCAUCACUGUGGCAAUUUUGAUAGUGGUGACUGUUGCCUUUGUGCAGGAAUACAAGUCUGAAAAAUCAUUGGAGCAGCUGAGUAAGCUAGUUCCGCCAUCUUGCAAUUGUGUGAGAGAUGGGAACCUGUCCAGUUUCCUUGCGCGCAACCUUGUACCCGGAGACACUGUACAUCUGACUGUGGGAGACAGGGUACCAGCCGAUAUGAGAAUGUUUGAGGCCGUAGAUCUAGCCAUUGAUGAAUCCAGCUUUACCGGAGAGACUAAACCUAGUUAUAAGAUUGUCCAACCAGUUAACUCAAUGAAAGGGAAUGGUACGACACACACCCGCAAGAACAUCGCCUACAUGGGUACGCUGGUACGCUGUGGCCACGGCAGGGGGGUUGUUAUCGGUACUGGUGAGAACUCCCAGUUUGGUGACAUCUUCAGGAUGAUGCAAGCUGAGGAGGCCCCUAAGACACCUCUACAGAAGAGUAUGGGAACCCUGGGGAAGCAGCUCUCCUUCUAUUCAUUCUGCAUCAUUGGAUUAAUCAUGCUUCUUGGAUGGCUGCAGAAUAGACGACUACUGGAUAUGUUUACCAUAGGAGUCAGUCUUGCUGUUGCUGCAAUACCUGAAGGACUACCCAUUGUUGUCACGGUAACUCUAGCAUUGGGUGUAAUGCGAAUGGCCAAACGGAAAGUAAUAGUCAAGAAACUCCCAAUUGUUGAAACACUAGGAUGUGUGAAUGUUAUAUGUUGCGAUAAAACUGGAACGUUGACAAAGAAUGAAAUGACAGUCAUAUCGAUCUAUACGUCGGACGGAGUCAAAGCCGAGGUUACCGGUGUAGGAUACAAUAAUAAAGGAUGCGUCAUGCACGAGGACCAGGAAGUUACGGGUUACUCCAACCAAUCCAUCACCAGAGUGGUCGAGGUUGGCUGUUUGUGCAAUAAUGCUGAAAUCAAUAAUGAUUGUCUCUACGGUCAGCCAACAGAGGGAGCCCUUCUAUCUCUUGCUAUGAAGAUGAGGCUUGACCAUCUCCGAUCCCAGUACACCCGCAUCUCGGAGCAACCCUUCAGCUCUGACACCAAAUGGAUGGCGGUGAAAUGUCAGGAGCGUCGAGUCAAUCGCCCCGACGGUGCUGAGAUUUACUUUGUGAAAGGGGCCGUGGAGAAGAUCUUGGGGAUGUGUCAGACGUUUAAUCGUUGGAACCAGGUGGACUGGCUGACUGAUAAACAGAGGGAGGAGUUCAGGGGAGAGGCCAUGGUGAUGGGAGUGUCUGGAUUGAGAGUGGUAGCCAUGGCAGUCGGUAACAACAUGAGUUCCUUGACGUUCGUUGGCAUGGUUGGCAUCUUGGAUCCUCCCCGGCCGGGCAUCAGGGAUGCGGUGGAAGCUCUCAUUGGCAGCGGAGUCACCUUGAAGAUGGUGACGGGUGAUUCACAGGAGACGGCCAUUGCUAUAGCAAGUCGUUUAGGAAUCUAUGCUGAAGGAAGUACUUCCCUCUCUGGUGAUGAGAUAGAAGCCAUGGAUGUAGGCAACCUAUCCUGCCGGAUAAACCAGGUUGGAGUGUUCUACCGAGCAAGUCCGAGACACAAGUUUAAGAUUGUGAAGGCGCUGCAAGCCAAUGGACUGGUCGUCGGUAUGACAGGAGACGGAGUCAAUGACGCCGUGGCGUUAAAGACGGCGGAUAUCGGCAUAGCCAUGGGGCGAACAGGGACAGAUGUCAGUAAAGAAGCCGCUGAUAUGAUCCUUGUAGAUGAUAACUUUGUGACUGUCAUGGCCGCCAUCAAGGAGGGCAAGGCCAUCUACUACAACAUCAAAAACUUUGUUAGAUUUCAACUAAGCACGAGUAUAGCUGCCUUGUCUCUGAUUGCACUGUCCACUCUUCUGAAAUUUCCCAACCCACUCAAUGCAAUGCAGAUCCUAUGGAUCAACAUUAUUAUGGACGGACCACCAGCUCAAAGUCUUGGUAAGGAGCCAGUCGAUGAGGAUAUCGUCCGUCAGAAACCACGACGCGUCAAAGAUCCAAUGAUCACGAAACCGUUGCUCAUCAACGUCGUCAUGUCGGCCAUCAUCAUCGUCAGUGGAACACUCUGGAUCUUUUGGAGAGAGAUGCGAGACAACAUCAUUACCCCUCGGGACACCACAAUGACGUUUACGUGUUUCGUGUUCUUUGACAUGUUCAACGCACUCAGUAGCCGCUCUCAAACAAAGUCAAUCUUCACGAUUGGUCUCUUCACAAAUCGUAUGUUUUUAUACGCCGUGGUGGGGUCAAUCAUGGGGCAGCUGGCCGUCAUAUAUUUUCCACCCUUACAAAGGAUAUUUCAAACCGAAGCUUUAACGUGUUACGAUUUAAUUCUUCUAGUCACAUUAACCUCUUCGGUGUUUGUGGUGUCGGAAAUCAAGAAGUGGGUUCAGCGAAUGGGAGAGAAGCAGUAUCCUGUGAACAUGCCGUUUAAUGAUCACGAGUAUGUAUAACACUGUGUAAAUACAAGGCUGUUUCUAGCAGACGUCUUAAAGGCAGUGGACACUAUUGGUAAUUACUCAAAAUAAUUAUUAGCAUAAAACCUUUCGUGGUAACGAGUA